CCGCACACCCCUUCUAUCAGCGCAGCAAAGAGCCUUAAUGGACAAAACAGCAUGGCCUGCGUGUACUACUCCCAUGGGUUGGCAUGGUGACUGUGACCCGUGCUUCGACCAGGGCUCUUCAGAGGCACCGCCCUCUCCUGCCAGAUGCGCCACCGGGAAGAAUGUCGUCUCUCAAGAUAGAGCGCACACGACUCCUCACCAAAGAGCGGACACUCAAGUUGGACUCACUUCCUCACGUUUGCUUGUUGAUUGCGAUGGAUAAGAAAGGAGGCGGUGCGGCAAUUGGUUCUGUGGCAGUGAUCGGUGCCGGCGUCAGUGGUUUGGCAGCUGCUUUCCGAUUUCGAAAGGAAGGCGUUGCAGUGACGGUAUUCGAGGCCGAGGUCCCUGGGGGAGUAAUUCAGACUGAAGGCAAGGAUGGAUUUCUGUGGGAGAAGGGGCCGAAUACCAUGGCGGAAAACCAUCCUGUUGUGGGACAGGUCAUCUCAGAGCUUCAACUGCAGCAAAAGAUAGCUUGGCCGGCGGAUCAGUCCAAGAGAUACACCGUACGCAACGGAAAAGCAGUCAUGCUGCCGGCGAGCCCCUUGGGAUUUCUCACGACCGAGGCACUCUCACCCCAAGCGAAGUUGCGGGUGCUGAUGGAGCCUUUUCUCUGGAGGCGACGUGGAAACAGCGUGGGAAAAAGCGGAGGAGCUGCCAUUGACGAGGACGAGAGCGUCGGGGACUUUCUCGAAAGGCACGUUGGUAAAGAGCCUGUCGAUUACUUAGUUGACCCUUUUCUGGCCGGAACGGCUGGAUCAGACCCACAGUCGAUUGCUGUGAAAUAUGGGCUCCGAGGACUGUGGGAACUGGAGCAGAGGCACGGGUCUCUCUUCGUUGGGGCGCUGGCAGGCGCACUGUCAAAGCUUGCGAAGAAGGCCUCGGCGCGCACCAAGGGGGUUGCAGCAGCACCGGAUUCGUCCAAGUUGUUGACGUCAACGAUAAAGGGAAGAACCGGAAGCUCUUUCUCCUUCUUGGGGGGCAUGCAGACUUUGCCGAAUGCGCUGAUGGAGAGGGUCGGCCGUGACCGAGUGCGGACUGGAUGCGCCGUGGUAGGGCUCGAUGGGCGUGUGCUGACGGGGGCGAAGCCCGAGCGGUGGGAGUGGAAAGUGUCCUACACGCAGAGGGCAAACAAAAAUAAGAAGCGCCAUGAGAUGUUCGACGCAGUGCUUGUGACAGCUCCACUUCACAAGGUUAGGAAUUUCGAAGUUGUGAAGGCCGGAAAGAAAUUCCCUCUAGACUGGCUUCCACAGGUGAAGUACGCGGCGUUGUCGGUAAUUGUCCAGGCCUUCAGAUUGGAAGACAUAAAACGCCCUCUUCCAGGAUUCGGAGUUUUGGUUCCGUCCAAAGAGCAGGAUUUCAGAACGCUGGGGACAAUCUUUUCGUCGUCAAUGUUCUCCGACCGAGUUCCGCCGGGUUACGCUCUGUUCAGCUCUUUCAUGGGCGGCACCCGUGAUCAACAGCUCGCAGGAAGGCCAGCGGCGGAGCUGCAGAAGCUUGCCUUUCAAGAUCUCAAACGACUUAUCGGUGUGGAGGGGAACCCUGUCUUGACAAGGCAUAUAUGCUGGCCGCAAGCGUUUCCCGUUUACGGCAAAGGUUACGGCGCCGUUCUCAAGGCCAUGGAAACAAUGGAGAGGGACCUUCCCGGUGUCUACUUUGCCGGAAAUCACCGAAAUGCCCUCUCCGUGGGGAAGGCCCUGCAGUCAGGGUACGAGGCAGCAGGAAACAUUGUAGAAGAUCUGAAAAGCCGUCGGUCAGGGAACCCUGUCACUGUUGCGUCUGCUCUUCCUCCUCCCGGGACUUGUCAAGAAACUGUGAUAUGCUGAGUCCAGGGACACCGACGACGGAAGAAAGUUUGUUUUAUUGAGAUCCAUUUCGAUUCUUUGCAGGGAGCCUUCAUUGCAUUAUCAUGGUCUUUAAGAAGCCUGACAGCCGGAGGCAGGUGACCGCACUGCAAGGACCUGUGUGCGAGUCCCAUGUGGGACCGCAAUCGUCCCAUCCCAUGUGGGACUUCACUCGUCGUCCCAUGUGGAACUUCACUGGUCCCAUGCGGGACUUUACUCAUCCCAAUGAAUCCUAGCAGGAGGGAAACAAACUCUCUUCCUGGCAGGUCUUACUCUCCAGGACGCAUACAGUUCUGAGUCAAGAAAAUUCUAUCUGCAGUGCUCCACACACACUCCGUUUUGGACACAACCAACUGUAGGGAACUCGGGUCCAAACACGUCCACAUACGGGUUCACGUUCGUUCGUGCCUUGGUCAUCACAAGUCACGAUGCAGCUAUACGCGUUCAGAAUGCAGAGGCAUCUUUGUCAGUGUGCAAGUUCUAAACGCGUGUGCACUGUGCACAAAUCGGAAGGGCAUGUGUUCAAGUCCAGACCUCGUCAUACAAGCUAAAACUGCAGCGAACAAACCGUAUUCGAAUUCUUCUUUGUCAGUCUGCAAGCUCUAAAUGUGCGUGCACUGUGCACAAGUGAGGAGGGCAAGUGUUCAAGUCCAGACCUCCUCGUACAAGCGCGGAAGUUCGACCGCGCUGUGCACAACUGCGGGAAGGGCAUGUGUUCAAGUCCAGAACUCCUCGUACAAGCUGAAGUGUAGCCUCAAACUGUAUCCGUAAUAAUUAUUCUAAGUACGGUAGCGAGGUCAGGUCAAGCGGAGCUCGUCUGUACAGGUAAAGCCGAGCUCAUCUGCACAGGUCCGAAGACUGCGAAGACUCUGAACUCGUCCACACACUCCGGAUAUUUAUCUGUCCGAUUAAUAGCUUCAGUUAUUCGUGCGAGUCUUUGUGUAAUCCUGUUCACUUAAGACAGAGCUAGCCAGCGCAUGUGGCUGAAUGACACACAGAUGUAACUUAGCACUGAUAGCCAGAUCAUGAGUUCAAAACUUCAAAUGUCGAAUCCCGAUGGAAUCAGAUGGAUACAAUGACACGAGGGGCAACAAACCCCCUCAACAGAAACAAGUUGAAAAAAGAGACACAGACACAGACAGCUGCAUUAGUACAAAGUUAUGACGAAGUCCAAAGGCAUUUCGACGAGUGCAAGGAUUAUCACAUGUACGGUUGGACCCUCGCUCACUUGUGGGAGUGUGGUCAUUUGCACGCAGAUCGACCCGCAUGGGACUGUUGGUUCAGGAAACGUGGCGCAUGUCCAUGCAUGUGGCUCUGUCGAUGAGGGUCUGUGUGGGCCUUUCUUAGUGCCUGUGAGUCUGCUGGAGCAUCUUUUUUUUUUCUUUCGAAAAAGCCCGUGGAAGGCUGUCGGCCUUUGUGUCGGGGCUUCGAAGUUUGGGGAAGAACUAAGAGUCGCAAAAAGCUUUAGCAGUGUCCAUUAGCUUUUGCAAGUCGCCGCAGGAGUGUGAUUACGUGCGCACAAAUCCAUCCUCAUAAAUUGGCAAGGGUGGGUCAGGGGGGACAACAUAUCAGAGCCUUUCUGGGCCUGUUCGAGUGCCGAGUAGUCUCUGGGCCCGUUUGAGCGUUCGAGUGCUGAGGAGUCUUCUGGGCCCAUUCUAGUCCUGAGGACUCUCUGAGAGGCUGCCGAGGAGAGGAGUCCCUGGGCCCAUUUUGAGUACCGAGGAGUCCCUGGGCCCGUUUGAGUGCGGAGGACUCUCGGAGUCUCGGGGUAUGUUUGAGUGCUGAGGACUCUCUGAGUCGCUCGAGUGCUGACGAGUCUCUGGGUUGUCAAGUGCGGCGGACUCCCUGGGCCUGUUCGAGUGCCAAGGAGUCCCUGUGCCAUUCCAAGUGCUGGGGAGUCUCUGGGCCUGUUCAAGUGCCAAGGAGUCUCUGGGCCCAUUCGAGUGCCGAGGAUUCUCUUGGGAACCCGUUCGAAUGGCGAGGAAUGUGGAAGCAUCUACGAGUCGGUGGAACGUGGUAUAGGUUUGGUGAAGGCUCGACGUUGGUAGAGGAAUACGGGUCUUGAAGAGGCUAGCAAUCUGCGGGGGCGCUUUUAACCAGUCUCUGCGGGUCUAUACAACGUGCAUAGAGGAGUCUGCACAAGCCAGCAGACGGCUGGCGGACUCCAUUUAAGUUUUGAGCAAUAUAUCUAUCCUCCGGGUGAUCUUCGUUGAAAUGAAUUAUGAAAUGCUGCGUAGCGAAGUGAAAUGGCAUUCGCCCUACUUUGCUACGGGCUCGAAUUUAGAAUAAAAUAAAAUAAGUUAA